GAACAUUAGGUCUAGUUCUCGGAGACCUCUCGAGGCAAAGAGGAAGGGUUGCCACUCUGGAUAUAGUAUAUGGAUGGAAGUUUCAAAAAUUCAAUCUAUUUUUUUUUUUAAAAUUUUAUCUUUACGUCCCGAAAAUUUGGAUUUUUUUUUUCUCUAAAAUUUAGUUUGACCGAUUAUUAAUUAUUAUUAUUAUUAUUAUUAUCUCUCUUCCACGCCAUCAGAUUUAUCCAGCUCAGCUUUCGUGCUCUUUGACACGUGCCUCUCCACAUUCAAUUUCCCUAGCACCAUUGACUCUCCCGCCAUCUUCAUUCUUUGCAUAACAGCAUUGAUUAUAGUGAUUUCAGCCAUGAUUCAGUCCAAGCAGAAGAAGCCCCAGCCCCAGCCGGAGAAGAAGCAAUCCCACGCCGCCGCUGUAAAGAAGAAAGGAAAGGAAGUUGUUUUACCACAAUUCCAGCCUCAGCUAAAUGCCUUAGGUUUAAAAAUUAUUCAAAUCACAGCAGACGGUAAUUGUUUCUUCAGAGCUCUAGCUGAUCAGCUAGAAGGAAAUGCAGAGGAACAUACAAAAUAUCGACAUAUGGUGGCGAAAUAUAUAGUGAAUCAUCGUGAGGAUUUUGAGCCAUUCAUCGAGGGUGAUGUCCCCUUUGACAAAUACUGUCAUUCCAUGGGAAAGCAAGGUACAUGGGCAGGACAUAUGGAGUUGCAAGCAGCAUCUCUUGUUACGGGAGUGAAUAUCUGCAUCCAUCGAGCUAUGUUCCCCCGAUGGUACAUUAGGAAUUUUCAAGGACAAGAAGCAAGGAUGAUUCAUUUAUCUUAUCAUCAUGGCAAGCACUAUAAUAGCGUCCGUCUAUGUGAAGAUUCUUGCGAAGGGCCAGCUAAACAGAUCAUUAUUAAGGCGGAUUCAGAUAUUCUUGUCCCCAGCCAUAACAAGAAAGUGCCAGCAUGUGUACCAAAAGCCGCAUCUGUCAAGAUGGUAAUGUCCGGGACAGGAUGUGAAAAUUUUGCUAAAGCUGAGCAGGUUUUACAAGAAUUUGGUGGGGAUGUUGAUGCUGCGAUUGAGUUUUUGAUAGCAGAACAAGAAAUGAAAGAUUGUGAGAAUGAUGACAAUGACACUCCCUCUGAAAAUAAUAUUUCUUAUGGAGCUGAUCAAAUUAUGAAUUCUGAGAAACUGGAGGUGCCAUUUGAAGAUGUGACAACAGCACAAAGUUCACUGGACAGUGACCCUCAGUCAGUUACUGAGCGGAAAGUUCAAGUUGUUGAUAAGAAAACAUCAAAUAAUAAGCAAUGUUCUUGCGGGUCGAAGAAGAAAUACAAGGCUUGUUGUGGGUCAGGUGUUGCAAGUACUUCUGCAGUAACCAACAGCAAUGCCAAAUGUACUUCAAGUAAGGAUAGAAAAGAUAGAAAGAGCUGUAGGAGAAAGGAGGCUGUUGGAGAAGCGGAAGCAAGCCGAAGUAGUAACCAACUUGAUCUCGGUGCUCUUUGCCUAUGAAAAUCCAGUUGAGGGAUGCGAACUUAUGCCGGUGACAGGCGGUCUAUUGUCUCUCAUGGGUUUAUCUGGUCACUAAACAUAUAAACAAAGCGAAGAUGUAAUUUGUCUUCAAGAAGAGCCAAUUUUUUAUGGAACUGAUUCAUAUCAAUUUAGUUUGUGUGAAUCAUACUUGUGCAACUUAACAUGUAGAAAACAGAGUCAUUGGCAUUGCAUUUACAUAUUAGAAAUUAA